GGGGGCGGAGCUACAGCACGGAACCAACACCUAUUUUAUCAGGCUGUUGCUGAUGCUGUUUCAGACCGAUGGAUCUGCCAAAGCAGGUGUCACUGUGGUCAGUGGAGGAAGUGUUGGAGUGGGUUCAGGAUCAGUAUCCGUCACUCGCAGACACACUCCAAAAGGCCAUCAUUAAACACGCAAUAUCAGGCCGUGCACUGCUGAGGCUGAAGGAGCAUCAUUUGGAGCUCCUCGGGGUUGAAGCUGAGGAGCAGCAGCAGGAGAUCUUGCAGGACCUCCUCCUCCUUAGAGUUCAUGAAGAAGUCAAUGAACUCAGUGACAUCUGCUCUGAAUUGUUUUCCUCAUGAAGAACAAAACAGAGCCAAACCCACAGAUCCUUUGUUUCCAUCCAUCCAGAGUGAAAGAUGUUUGUGACGGAAAAGUGUCAAAAAGGUGAAGUGGAAGGAGAAAAAAAACACAAUGACUGAGGUAUGGAGAGAAACCCAUUUUCUGUGUGAAAUCUGACCUGUGCAGAUGGAUGAGAUUCAUUUUUGUCUGUUUUUUUUUCUGUCCUUGUUGUCCAUUAGUCUUUUUUCUUGUUUUUCUAUCUGUAGCAGAUAGUCAUUUGAGUAAAAACUGUGAUGUUUAGUUCGAAAAGAGCAGAAAACACAUCCAGGAUGAAAUGGAUGAUGGUCGAGUCCAUUAUGGUUUUCUUCUAGAAGUUUGUCAGUAAGAAUGUUGUAUUGAAUUGUUAAAGGUACAAUACUUGGAUCUUAUACUAUAUCAUUUCUAAAAAGAAAUUCGCAGUAGCACUUAGCAUUGUCAGUGUUUUUGACCAUGGCUCUGGAGUUAGUCCACGAGGGCCUUCAAUACUAAUGUGCUAACUGCAAAUGCUAAUGCUAGCUACUGUGUGUAUUUUGGAUAAAAUACAGCAAAUAAAUUUCUCAAUGGGGAAUAAAAAAAGUGGGUUUAUCUUUAACCUUAAACUUAACCUAAAUACUGGAAAACUCAGUAAAUCAGACUAAU